CGCCGAUUUGGGACUAGGUCGGAGGUGGGCGGUGGGGACGGGCAGAUACAAGGAUGUGUGUUUCUGUAAGGGUACAUAGAAAUGCAGUGUAGUUUUUGUGGAUGUCUCAUACUGAAGACAACAAUGACACCAAAACUAGCGAGACUUAGCCACACAUGGUCGAGGUACAAAUAUCUACAGUCCACCAUUAAUUGUGGAAUUCCCUGGGCAAGCUCUACAUUCAGACACUUGUUACCUGCUAAUGAUUUCCCUGUCUCCAAAGCUUUUAUUUCUCACUCAACAAAUUUAAAAAGCUGGAGUCAACCUCAAGGAUUUGACACAGGGAUUAAAAUUUACCAUCCUGUUGUUAAGGAUAAAGUGCCUCUUGUUCUACGCCAAGAAAGGCUAGUUCAGUGGUAUGCCUGUGGUCCAACAGUCUAUGACAGUUCACAUAUUGGACAUGCAAGUUCAUAUGUACGUCAAGAUAUUAUUCGCAGAAUUAUGGAGGAUUUUUUUCACAUUGAAACCAUCCUCGUCAUGGGAGUGACUGAUAUUGAUGACAAAAUUAUAAAAAAAUCACUUGAGACAGGAGAAGCCAUGUCCAAACUCACCAAGAGGUUUGAAUCAGAAUUCUUUGCCAGCAUGUCAAGCCUAAAUGUGCUAGCUCCAAGCAUGGUAACCAGGGUGACUGAACACAUUGCUCCUAUUAUAAACUUCAUUGCCGCAAUAGAGAAGAAGGGAUUGGCAUAUAGAGUCAGUGAUGGCAGUGUGUAUUUUGAUGUCAAUAAAUACGGCCGCUACGGAGUUUUUUCUAACCAGACUGAUCAGGGAGUGGAGAUCAACUCAGAAAAACACACUAGCCAAGAUUUUGCCUUGUGGAAGGGGAGCAAACCAGGAGAGCCAUGGUGGGAAUCUCCAUGGGGAAAAGGCAGGCCUGGCUGGCAUAUUGAGUGUUCAGCUAUGGCCAGCCAUAUAUUUGGUGCCAACUUUGACCUACAUUCUGGUGGACAGGACUUAAUAUUCCCUCAUCAUGAAAAUGAGCUUGCGCAGUCUUGCGCAUACCACAAUAACACUCAGUGGGUCAAUUACUGGACACAUACAGGUCAUCUAUUUUUAUCUGGUCAAACUGAUAAAAUGUCCAAGUCCCUGAAGAAUGUGAUAUCCAUUCCAGAACUUUUAGAUCAGUACAGCUCUAAUCAGUUCAGAAUGUUGUGUCUGUUGAGUCACUACAGAAAGCAAUUAGAGUUCAGUGAUGAGCGCAUGCAGAAAGCUGUUUCAGUGGUUACUACGUUGAACAGUUUAGUUGAUCGCUGCAAGUUGUAUGUUGAUGGCCAAAUUAACAGCAGACCUUUACCUGAGGCUGAGCUUUAUGAGAAUUUACACAACACUAGGAGACUGGUCCACCAAGCCUUCGCUGAUGACUUCAACACACCACAAGCUUUGGCCCACGUGAUGAGACUGGUCAAGCUGGUCAACCAGUACCUGGGUGGGGAGUCUGAUGCCAAUAGCAGUGUGGGGGAAACUUCUGCACGCUGUAUAGCACCAGUGGUGGCUGUUGAGGUUUUUAUCCGUGGUCUAUUGAAAAAGCUGGGAUUAGAUAUUGGCACUGCUAAGACAGGAAACUUGACAGAAUCCCAGCAACAGUUUUGCCAGGCUGUGGACACAGUGGUGUCAACACGAGCUAAAAUCAGAGAAUUUGCUAGAAAUGACAAAUUUAUGCUGGACGCGGCAGGUGAGCUUGGGAUACCUGAGGAGAAAGCCAAACAGUUGAUGAAAAAGUUGUACAAACCACUGUGGGAGGCCUCGGACAAAAUCAGGGAGGAAAUUUUGAACAGUUCUAAUGUUCAAAUCAAGGAUGAUGCCAACUCUUCUUCCUGGAGUUUUGUGGAUAAUAAAAAAGCAAGGAUCAGCUCCACCGAAACAAAACAAACUUCUGAAGAGACCAAAUUGAAGUCAGAUGUAGCUAAAAAAGACAAGAGUAAAAAAAAGGGAAAAUCACAGAAGCCAAGUUGAUAUGAUAUUUAGAAUUAGCCAAUAAAGAAUUAAUUAUGAA